AUGGAUGCUUGCCCUUCUCCGGGGACAUCGUGCCCAUCACCUUCGCUCUCAUCGUUGUCCGACGUCAGUUCCCCAGAGACUCUGAACACACCAGACACUCAAAAAUCUGUUCUCUUUGACGAUGACGUUGUCGAAGAUCCAUUGGAUAUUGCUGGCCGAAACGCUCGGGUCAUCAUGGUUGUCGGAGGUCUGGGGUAUGUCGGAUCGCAUACUGUUCUAGAGUUACUGAAAGAUGGGUAUAACGUGCUUAUCAUCGAUGAUCUGAGCAAUUCAUACCAAAGCGUUCUUCAUCGCAUAAAAGCUUUGGCGGCAGAUUACUUCGCGACUCUCGAUCGAUCCAUGCCUGAACUCCACUUCCACCGGUUAGAUUACAGAAGUCCUUCAAUGAGGUCGAUACUAGCCAGCUACUCAAUCCACACUUUUGGAACUCAGAUGGAAUACGAUGUACCACCUAGUGCGAUUUGCAAUCUGACAUCGACUACGAUUGAAGAGAAAAUGCGACUUUCAGCGCCAGCACAUGAACAUCAAAACGAACAUCUCGUUAGACGACAAUCCAAAAUCUCAGGUGUAAUACACUUUGCAGCAUUCAAAUCAGUCGAGGAGAGUAUUCGGAAUCCUUUGAAGUAUUACGCGAACAAUGUCUGUGGAUUGGUCGAUUUUCUAGUUCUUCUCCAGGAGUUUGGCGUCAAAAACUUGGUGUUUUCGUCAUCAGCAACGGUAUAUGGCGACCGCGCAAAAUCCGGCAUUCCAUUGAGGGAAGAGUUUUGCGUACAUCAUCCAGAGACUUAUUUAGACGACGACGGAUGUGAGAAGACUUCAAGACCUGGCGCUCUCGGGCUUACAUCUCCUUACGGCCGGACGAAGUUCAUGUGCGAGGCGAUUCUUGCGGAUAUUGCGAAAUCCGAUAGGUCGUGGUCGAUUAUAUCGCUUCGCUACUUCAACCCAGUUGGUUGUCAUGAGUCGGGACUGCUCGGCGAAGAUCCAAGACAAAGGCCCAGCAAUCUCAUUCCGGUGAUUGCAACGGUGCUUACAGGUACAAAACCAGUCUUGGAGAUUUUCGGCACAGACUGGGAAACGUCAGACGGCACUGCGGUUCGCGAUUUUAUCCACGUUGUAGACUUGGCACGCGGCCACCUAGCAGCGCUCACCGCAACGGCUUCUGGCGCCAUCGCAGAGUCUUUUCGGACAUUUAAUCUCGGU